AGACGUCCCGUCAGCGUCCCGGCAACCCGGACAAAGCAUUCUGUACGCGCAGAAGACGCGGCUACUCUCAUUUUUUUUUUACCACCGUGCCAAAAAAUAGCGUAGUUUUUUUUCCCGCCGCCAACGAUGUCUCGCAUCAACGACGAGAUGAGCAACGGAUGCCAGUGCCAGGGCCGCAAGGACAGGCAGCCCAACGCCAUCCUGUUCAACAUCCUCAGCCGCCGGGACGGCCGCGCCCCCGCCACUGGGGGGGGUACCGAGUACGGCUCGCGGCCGCACAACUGCCACUGCGCGACGCGGCGCACCGUCUGCCUGAAGGCGCCCGAGGAGACCUGCCAGGUGGCGUCCGGCGUGCUGGUCAAGACCAUCCACUUCAUGAAGAGCCUGCCCUCCUUCCAGCAGCUGCCGCCCAAGGACCAGCUGUCUCUCCUCCAGAGCUGCUGGGCGCCGCUCUUCAUCCUUGGGCUGGCGCAGGAAGGCGUGGACUUCGAGGUGACCGACACCCCCGUCACCAGCAUGCUGAAGAGGAUCCUGCUGACGGGCAAGGAGCACCGGGGGCCCAGGGAGGCGGACAGGGCGCAGCCCACGCUGGCCGGGGUGCACAAGCUCAAGUCCUGCCUCGACAAGUUCUGGAGCUUGGAUCUGAGCCCCAAGGAGUACGCCUAUCUCAAGGGAGCCAUGCUGUUUAACCCCGAUGUGCCACAGCUGAAAGCUGCGCUGUUCAUUGAGGGUCUGCAGCAGGAGGCGCAGCGCGCCCUGAGGGAGGUCGUCCUGCCGCUUCACCCGCAGGACAGGGGCCGUUUCGCCCGCAUCCUUCUCACCGCCUCCGCGCUCAAGACCAUCAACCCCAGCCUGGUCACCGAACUGUUCUUCCGGCCGGUCAUCGGCCAGGCGGAUCUGUUAGAGCUGUUAGCCGAGAUGCUCUUCACGAGGUAGACAAGAGCGUGACAACAACGCUUGAUAUAAAUAUAUAUAUCUUUUCUAGACGCGCGCACGCUACACGUGCGUAAAACCUCUGGUCUCGAGCGCACGGCGGUGCACGUGGACACAACCGAACAUUCGCCGCGCGGGGCUGUGCGCGAGGCGGAACCGGUCGAUGGUGGGCUGCAAAAGAGCAGCGGGGAAAAAAGACACUGAAACGUUAGGAAAAAACAACGAAACACGCACCGCUGUGGACGUGCUUCUGCUUUUCAUGACGAGGUCUACCGCAUUAGAAUGCAUCCUCUCAAAGAUAUUUGAACAAAGCAUGUUUAACAUUAACAUUUAUAGUUGUUUACAUCCACUCAUUGCACAUCUUUUUUUUCAAGUAGACACAUUCUGAGUCAAUUUAAAUCUUUUAAAAUGUGUCUUGCAGCCAGACGAGUGGACUUUUUUGUGACACUGUAUGUAUCUCUGUAGAGAUGCUACAGAGAGUAAUGCUUUGGUGUUUUGUUGUUUGUCGUUUGUCAUGUCUUCUCGAUUUAAGUCACUUUCUUA